AUGUCUACCGCAACCAAGGCGUCCCGAAUAGGGGAAGAGACGAAAGUUGACAAGGUCAACGCUGAAUUAGUGACUCUCACUUAUGGCACACUCGUCGCACAGCUCUGUCAAGACUACGAUGGGAACUACCAUGAAGUCAAUAAGCAGCUGGAUAAGAUGGGAUACAAUAUCGGCAUGAGAUUGAUUGAAGACUUUCUGGCUAAGUCGAAUACGGGCCGAUGCGCCAACUUCCGCGAGACGGCGGAUGUGAUCUCGAAGGUGGGGUUCAAGAUCUUUCUAAACAUUACCCCGACGGUCACCAAUUGGACCAGCGACAACAAACAAUUCUCCCUCGUCUUGGAGGAGAACCCACUGGCCGACUUUGUCGAACUCCCGGAUGAUGGUCGGGCACAGGAUGAGCUUUGGUUCUCGAAUAUCCUGUGUGGAGUGCUACGAGGGGCGCUUGAGAUGGUUCAAAUGCAGGUCGAAGCCCAUUUUGUCAGUGACGUGCUGCGGGGCGAUGACACCACUGAAAUUCGGGUAUCGCUGGUCAGAUAUAUCGAGGACGAGAUGCCCCCGGACGAUGAAUAA